AUGGGCAAAUCGGGCAAGCCGCUCCACUUCAAAGGAUGCAAGUUCCACCGUAUCAUUCCAAACUUCAUGAUCCAAGGAGGUGAUUUUACCCGUGGAAAUGGAACCGGUGGGGAGUCCAUCUAUGGUGAGAAAUUCCCUGAUGAGAACUUCAAGGAGCGACACACUGGACCCGAUUAUGGUGAUACAUUUCAGGCUAAUGCGGGACCAAACACGAACGGCUCGCAGUUCUUCCUGUGUACCGUGAAAACCGAAUGGCUCGACGGCAAGCAUGUCGUGUUCGGCCGCGUCGUCGAAGGCAUGGAUGUUGUAAAAACAAUUGAGGGUUAUGGAUCGCAAUCUGGCAAGCCAUCAAAAGACUGCGUGAUUGCAGACUGUGGACAGCUGUAG